GUUUACGGUUGGUUGUUUAGUAGUCGUUCUCUAUAUACGAGGGCAGGGGGACGGUCAUGGUCCAUGAAAAUGGCCGCGAUGGCUUUUUCGACAAUUCGGACGACAACCGCCUGAACGCAAUCCAAAGCCUCCGACGUGCCGUUCGCGAGCAGGAGAUUUACGUUUCUCAAUUAGAAGAGCGCAAGACAAUACGGGGCCGGCUUCUCCAUCAACUCACCUGUACUCUUAGACAAUUAAACUUCGACGCCUCAACCAAUAUGGAGAAGGGGAUCGGGGUUGAGGAUGGGGUGUGUAAUUGCGACCCUGAAACGAACAUCCCAACCGAAAAUGAAAUUCUGGGAGACGCAAAACCGAAAUCUCCCGAAAUAAAUUCUUCAAGGCUGAUAUUCAGCGAUAUGGUUCAUAUCCAAUUAUCCGCAUUGGAUGAAGACAACAGGUGGGGGCAGGAGGAAGGGUCGUUGUUGUCCGCACGUGCACCCAUCGACACUUUAUUGGGGGUUUCUCAGGACAGAGAGAUAAAUAUUAAACCACAAAAUAAGAGACGAAAAAAAAGAAAAAAUGGACAGGGUGCGGUUAAACUCGACCGCGGCUCCAAAUCCGUGGAGAUUCUAAGACGGAUAAAAGUGAAGGAUGAGAAAGAUCGUGAGGAGCUGUUUAAAGGAUUGGAGCGGGUGAUUGAGGAAAAUCCUCAGACGUUCUCUUCGGUAAGCGGCGUUAUUUCUGUUCAACCCCCGUGGCUGACGGAUUCGGAGGAAAUCGAUACCGCAGAUUUUGAAGGAGCCAAGGAGAAGAACCUGAAGGGCAUAGAUGAUUACUCGGACGACUUUGAAGAUGACUAA